UCAGGCCAGAAGCAUUUUGUUGAUAAAAGAAUUUGUUUCUUUUUUAUAGGAUAAAUAAUAAUAGAAAAAAUAUGAAAUAUAUAAUAUUCAUAAUACUCUAUCAACUAUUGUUUUAUUCGGUUUUAAUACAUAAAGUUGAUUCAAAAAAACUGAUAGUUAAACAAAGACCAGGAGAAGAUGUGCCCAACAUUUAUGGAAAUAGAAAAAGACAAAGCAAUGAAAGAAAAGGACAUAAACUUGCUAUUUCCGCUGAAAAAAGACUUAUAAAAAAAAUUUUAAAGAAAUAUAAACAAGUGGGGCGAAAUGGAAGACCUAUAAGUAAUUCUUCAAAACCCUUAAUAGUAAGAUUUGGUUUGAAUAUGAUUCAAAUGGAUUUGGACGAAAGAGAGCAUAUGUUAAAGACGUCUGUGUGGUGUCGUUACAGAUGGCAUGAUGAUUAUAUAGCAUGGAAUCCGGGUCUAUUUGAUAAUUUAACUUCAGUUCGCUUAUCAUCACAAAAGGUCUGGAUACCAGAUAUUAUGCUAUAUAACACGGCCGAUACGCAGCAGUUAGAACGCGAUGCUUUAAUAAUUUUAUACCACAAUGGGAGUAUACUUUGGAUUCCUCAUCGCAUGUACCUCAGUUCAUGUGCAAUAGAUAUAAGUAACUUCCCGUUUGAUAGUCAAGAAUGUACCAUGACUUUUGGCUCUUGGGCAUAUCAUGGCAAUGAAAUUGAUUUACAUUUUAUGGAGACGAUGGAUCAGAUGGAUACAACCGAGUUGGAAAGAAACUCAACGGAAUGGGAUAUUAUCGGCAAAUCGGAGCAAAGAAAAAUUCAGUACUACGAUUGUUGCCCUCAGCCUUACGUCACUUUAAUUUUCACAUUAACUCUGAAACGAAAAUUGGUAUUUUCUAGUUUCAUUCUUACCUUACCCUGCAUUUUCUUGGCAUGUAUGACACUAGUUGUCUUUUGGCUGCCUCCUGAAAGACCCGAUCGGACUAGUUUAGCUAUGAGCCUAUUUUCAAGCUUCCUUCUGUUACUCCUCAUCUUAGUCGAGGCAGCUCCUCCAACUGCAUCAUCAGUUCCAACAUUAGGGGUGUACUAUUGUUUUAAUAUGGUCCUUAUUAUGCUAUCUAUAUUUCUCUCUACUGUGGUAAUUAAUAUAAGUCGAAGAGGAGAUGCUAUGGAACCAGUUCCAACCUGGUUAAAGACGGUAUCUAUUAAAGGUUUAGCCAGAAUAUUUUGCUCAAAAAUAGAAGCCAGAACGAAGUCGAUAACAUCGAAUAGUUUCACAAGUCCUCUUCGGAAAAAAGCUAAAAACUGUAAAAAAUCUAAUGAAAGAAUGCGAGCAUUUCGUAUUACUCAUAUUGAAGAAGAUCACGAUGAAAUUGAAUUAGAAGAUUUUCCAAAAUCUCCAACAAAUAAAAUUCAAAUGCUACAUUGUCUCGAUUCACAUUUUCUAAUGGUUAAAAAACAUUUACGAGAAAUUGAAGGAGCUGUCGAUGCUUUGAAUUGUACAAUGAAAGAAAAGCAGACUUCCAAGGAAAUAAGACAAUUAAAAUUAGAAUGGCAGAUUGUAGCUAUGACUCUGGAUAGAUUUUUCUUUAUUUUCUUUUUUAUUGCAAUAGUUUCGUCACUUAUAACUCUUUUUCCAAGGCCAUUUUAGAUACAUGUCUUUUUUAAUUUAUUAUUGUAUAUAUAC